AGCCUAUAUUAGUAUAUAGUCAAUGCUCCCAUCAAUCAAUCAAAAACUAGUAUACAGCUCAAACCUAUCUGCCAAAGACUAGUAUACAUUUUAUACACACAUAGGGUUUGUCUUUGAAGAGAAUCUUGGACUUGAUAUCUCUACCCCACUCCAUAUAAGGCAGCAAUACAUCCCUUUUCCCUUGUACUAUCACUUUCCUCGUGUUUUUCUUGCCUGUCUCCAUACUCAUCGAUCGGUUGCUUUUUGUCGUCAGUUCUUUUGAGGAGCUGAGCUACAAUCAGGCAAGGGAUAUUUCCGAGGUUUGGUCUGUUACUCUUUAUACAGGAGCAGUAAAGUAUAUAAGGAUGUAGCAGUUUGAAGCAUCUAAUCUUGUUUCCCAUUUGCUCCAUGUACAUAUGGUGUGCUUCUUUGAUCUUAGCUAGGUUUUACAGGGAGGAAUGCAUCCAGGUGUUGGACCAUUGUCGGUGCCACCAGGCUUCCGCUUCCAUCCGACUGAUGAGGAGCUCCUCUACUACUACCUGAGGAAAAAGGUUGCUUAUGAGCCCAUAGAUCUUGAUGUCAUAAGGGAGAUUGAUCUCAAUAAGCUUGAGCCCUGGGAUCUCAAAGAAAGAUGCAAAAUAGGCACUGGGCCUCAAAACGAGUGGUACUUCUUCAGCCACAAGGACAAGAAGUACCCAACGGGAACGAGAACGAACCGUGCCACGACGGCGGGAUUCUGGAAGGCGACUGGCCGAGACAAGGCCAUCUUCCUUGGCAGCGCCAGGAGGAUCGGCUUGAGAAAGACCCUGGUGUUCUAUAUCGGCAGGGCGCCGCACGGGAAGAAGACUGAGUGGAUCAUGCACGAGUACCGCCUUGAUGAAGAGAACGUUGAAAUUCAGGAAGAUGGAUGGGUGGUAUGUAGGGUUUUCAAGAAGAAGAACUAUGAGCAGAGAGGCCACAACAUGGCUGAGAUGGCGGCACUGGACGACGAUGAGCUCCAGCCUUUCACGGUUCCUGUCGUCCCUGCUGGCACUAGCUCCCUGCCAACAACAGACCACAAGAACAACCCUCACCUCAUGCAAUAUGACUUCCCUUCUUUCGACCCUUCCAUGCAGCUCCCACAGCUGAUGAGCGCCGACCAGCCCGUGCCAACCCUAUUCCCCAGCCAUCCUGGCGUCGCCACGGCCAUGAGCUCAUCAAUCGACGUUGAGUGCUCGCAGAACCUGCUGACGAUGCUGACAUCCAACGGCAGCGACGGGAUGCUCCACGUCCGCGCUGGUGGUGCUGGAGCUGGUGUCGACCGCUUCGCUGGCACGACAGAUUGGUCGAUCCUAGACAAGCUCCUCGCCUCGCACCAGAACCUCGACCAGCUCUUCCACGGCAAGGUCACCGCAGCAUCUGCCUCCCCAAUGGCUCCAUACCAUCAGCAGCUCAUGGAACUCGGUGGCUCGUCGUCGUCGUCGUCCUUGCAGAGGCUUCCACUGCAGUACCUCAGCGGCGAGACGACCGAUCUCCUCAGGUUCCCCAAGUAAUUAUUGGAUCGACCUCAAGUUUAGCUACCUUGUUGAGCAGUGACCAUAUCAGGAUUUUGGUUGACUACUAGGCUGCUUAAUUCGGCCUACUUCGUAUGGAGUUUAGUGCUUUUAAAUGUAUAUAUGGUGCAACUGUUUGGGGCAUGCAGGCAUGGAAUGCCAUCGAUCUACCAUGGUUGCUUGCUUGGCCAAGAGGAUGUUUUCGAUGUUUCCAUUUUGGCUUAGGGUUGCUCGUUAGGUUCUUUUGGAGAAAAAAUGUGAAGAGAUGGCCCGGUAAAUUAAGAACUUCUAUUUGUUUCCCACAGAUUGGUCUUUUGGUUGUUCGUUCAACUAUAAUAAUAUAGGAUGGGGCAUUUAUAUA